AUGGAGACGCAACUGACGCCGCUGACGUACCCGCAUUCUUCAGUUGAGAAGGUGUCAGACUGGCUUUCAAGGAAGAAGGUGAUGUUCGACAUUCAAGAGGGGAGCCUGAAGAUGCCUCCUGGCCUGGAAGACCUCGACAAGUCCGAGCCCAUGUAUGUUCCCACUGGAGCCGCCAUCGUUGAGAAGGACGACGAUCUCGCUUGGUGCCGCUCAACAGCCUCCGGCAGUGCUGGUGAAAGCUCUGAGGGUGACGAGGGAGAGCGCGAGAAGCACGACCUAUUGGACGACGACGGCCUGGAAGGAAUCUCGCACCUGCUGACCGGCAUGACAGCCAUACUCAGUGAUGAUGGUGAGGACGUGCACCCAUCAUCUUCGCAGCUAAGUUAUUGGGAGUGGGGUACACCCGCAUAUCUUCGUCCCAAGAAUUUCUGCGCAUGGUGUGGUGUGUGUCUUGGCGGCUGCCUUCCAGUGUAA